CAAAUCGUUAAAAAAUGUCAUUCAAUAACAAAAUGUUUGACUUAAUUGUCACGACAUAUGUCUUAAAUCUUUUGGUCAGUUAUUCAUCGACAUCGACGGUCACUAUCGAUGUCGACAAACACUAUUUAAAACACAAUCAACUGAUUGAUUAUAUGAAUGAAUUGCACCAAAAGUAUCCAAAUUUAGUGCAAUUGUCAUCCAUUGGGAAGAGUGUCCAACACAGAGAUCUAAUGACAAUCAAAGUGACAAACAAUGUAUCACAAGUUCGGCCACUUUUGAAGCCGAUGUUUAAAUAUGUGGCCAAUAUUCACGGUAAUGAAGCACUCGGUCGACACUUGAUGUUAGUUUUGGCCAAAUAUUUGUGCGAAAACUAUGGAUCAGAUAAGAGAGUGACGAAAAUUUUAGACACAACUGAAGUGCAUCUCUUGCCGUCAGUAAAUCCCGACGGCUUCGAGUCGGCCAAAGAGGGCGACUGUUACGGUGCGACCCGACAGUCAGGUCGACAAAAUGCCAAUAAUGUUGAUCUUAAUCGUGAUUUUCCCGAUCAGUUUAUGAAACCUGAAGCUAUCGGCCAACGACAACCGGAAACUUUGGCCGCAAUGACAUGGAUUGUGUCCAACCCUUUUGUAUUGUCUGCCAAUCUUCACGGCGGAUUAGUAGUGGCCAGUUAUCCGUACGACGAUUCGCGCUCACAUGCUAUCAGUGGUCACAAAAGUCCGACUCCUGAUAAUACAUUGUUUGAACACUUGGCGAUCACUUAUUCACAAAAACACAAGACUAUGAAGAAUGGAAGCGUUUGUUUGGACGAUAGCUUUACUAAUGGCAUCACAAACGGCGCCGAAUGGUAUGAUGUGUCCGGAGGAAUGCAAGACUUCAAUUAUGUCCACAGCAACUGUUUUGAGAUUACUCUUGAGUUGUCGUGUUGUAAAUACCCUCACGAGUCGGAACUGCCAAACGAAUGGCUUAAUAACAAAGAAUCUCUUCUUACUUAUAUUGAAAAUACUCAAAUGGGAGUUAAAGGCAUUAUCAGAGAUUCGUUGACCGAUAAACCACUUGAAGGAGCCGUUAUUAAUAUUGCCGGCAUUGACCAUAAUGUUAGCACAACUAAUAGAGGGGAAUAUUGGCGUCUGGCUAUGCCCGGUGUCUAUAUUAUAACUGCCAGUGCGACCGGUUAUGAACCAAUGAUCAAAAAAGAUGUCGUCAUUAAAGAUAGCUCAGGAACUAAUCCCGUUGUUGUAGAUUUUAAACUGAAUCCAAUCGGUGGCAUCCGAUAUCCGAGCGAAAAUACACCCGAAAGUGAAGCCGAAGUUAGUGACGAUAAUCAUAGAAAAUUAGACCAAAGUUCAACUACAAGUGUCGCUCCUUUAGAGGGCCAGCAUCGGGAUUAUGGCUUUGUUUCGGGUCAUAACUUAACCGAAACAAAUGAUUUUCUAACAAAAACUGAUUACAAACACCAUAAUUAUACUGAACUUAAAGAAUAUCUUCAAAAACUGAACGCCAAAUAUCCUCAAAUGACUAGACUUUACUCAAUCGGCAAAUCUAUUGAUGAUAGAGAUCUGUAUGUUCUUGAGAUUAGUGUCAAACCUGGAAUACACAGACCAGGUGUACCCGAAUUUAAAUACGUGGCUAAUAUGCACGGGAAUGAAGUAAUUGGUCGCGAAUUAGUACUUUUAUUUGCCAAAUAUUUGCUCGAAAACUAUGGAUCCGACGAUAAAAUCACUAAUUUAGUUAAUACGACAAGAAUUCAUUUGAUGCCAACCAUGAAUCCCGACGGAUACGAGCGGUCAUUGUUGGGCGACUGUAGUUCAGGAUAUGGCAGAGGAAACGCUCAUAGAGUUGAUCUUAACCGCAAUUUUCCGGAUCAAUAUAUGACAUACAAAGAGAAUAGAGUUCAAGAAAAGGAGACAUUAGCUGUCAUGAAAUGGAUUCAAUCGCUACCAUUUGUUUUAUCAGCCAAUCUUCAUGGCGGCUCUUUGGUUGCCAAUUAUCCCUACGAUGGAAAUGUUGAACAAAGAAAUGGCAUAUAUAGUAAAACUCCUGAUGACGUACUCUUCAAACAUUUAGCAUUAGUUUAUUCUUUGAAUCACGCGACAAUGCAUUUGGGAAAGUCGUGUCCAAAAGAUUGCGGUAUUAUGAACGAGAACUUUACGUACGGCAUCACCAACGGUGCCAAAUGGUAUGCACUGUACGGAGGAAUGCAAGACUGGAAUUACUUGCAUUCAAAUUGUUUUGAGAUUACACUUGAAUUGGGUUGUCGUAAAUAUCCGUACGAAUCGGAUAUUAAAAUGUUUUGGAAUCAAAACAAGAAACCGUUGGUCACAUUCAUGGAAGAGGUUCAUAAAGGUGUCAAAGGAUUUAUUGUCGACACCGAUGGAAAACCAGUACCCAAUGCAACCAUUCGUGUAGAAGGCAUAGCACAUGACGUUCAAUCAGCUACUGAUGGAGACUAUUGGAGACUUCUUUUGCCGGGUUUUUAUCAGAUCACUGCUUUCAAGAAGGGUUUCGGUUCGCAAACUCAGAAGAUCCGUGUGACCUAUGGUUUGGCCACACAAACCAACUUUACGAUAGUAAACGAUGGCAUUCAUGGCCGAGUGGUCGAUGAAAACGGACUGGGAAUCAGUAACGCGAAUAUUUACAUUGAAAAUAUAGACCAUAAAGUGUAUACUACUGACAGCGAUGGUAAUUAUAGGAUACCACUGUUUGAUGGCAAAUAUGUGUUCAAUAUUGAUGCCGACGGCUAUUGGCCGUCAACUAAAAUGGUGACCAUAAGCACCGAUAGAGACAACUUGUUUGUCAUCGAUAUGUUGAGUGACACUAGAAUUGCUGGCAUUCCUCGAUCAGUGUUUGUUAUUAUAUGCGGUUCAGCUAUGCUAACGGUGCUCGUCGUGUCGUUGUGUGUCUACAAUAUUUUAAUGCAACAAAAAUAUAAAAAGAAAGGUUUCCAAAGGAUAGGCGAUGACGACGAAGAAGAAUUGGAGGAAAAAGCUUCUAAUGAUAAACCAUAUAUUGAUGUCAAGAAAUACAAAGACGUGUCCUCCAGUUCCGAGGAUGAGUUAUAUAAUGUUCAUCAAUGGGACAAAAAUCAAUUAUAGAUUAAUUUGUUAUAUAAAU